UUUACUGUAGAAAUUACUGAUUACUAUUUCAAUAAAUGUGAGAUUGUCUUCUCUGGACUGCCUUUACAGAUCAGGCCGAGUAUUAAAUAUCAAACCGGUAGAGGGCAGUAGAACAAUGUGCCAUGGUUUGGAGCAUCGACGUGUUUUGAUCAGCUGACGACGACAGCACGUUCACAGUGGAGCUAGCUAGCAGUGUAAACUAUCAUUCUGCAACUCACAGGCACCGGAGUGUGUGUAUGGAUGUGAUUUGAAUGUAACUGAAGGAGUGGGAUGGUUGUUACAUUUUUGUUUUAUGUCGCCCUCUUUCCCGAAAUGUAAAUAUUUUUGGUGUCAAUACCCUGUACACCAAUAGGUGUAGUCUGUCAAUACAACUUUGAAGAAGAAGAAUCAUUCUGCAAAUUCGGCAGUAUUUAUGAAUGACGUGCACUUUGCAGCAACUUUGAUGCAACUGUGAACAUCAUCAUCAUGGCUUCGAGCUUCGCCCCACCGAAACUGGCUGAUUUCAUUCUCACUGAGAGGCUGGGCAGUGGCACCUAUGCGACAGUUUACAAAGCUUACAGAAAGGGGGACAACCGGGAGGUGGUAGCAGUGAAGGUGGUUGGGAAGAAGACUCUGAACAAGGUGUCUAUGGAGAACCUGCUGACUGAGAUAGAGAUCCUGAAAACUGUUCGCCACCCUCACAUUGUUCAGCUGAAGGACUUCCAGUGGGACAGUGAAAACAUCUAUCUGAUCCUUGAGUGGUGUUCUGGUGGGGACCUGUCCCGUUUCAUCCACAGUAGGCGCUUGCUACCUGAGAGGGUGGCUCGGCUCUUCCUGCAGCAGAUAGCCUGCGCUCUUCAGUUUCUCCAUAAUCAUAACAUCUCCCAUCUGGACCUGAAACCCCAGAACAUUCUGCUCAGUGGUUCUGUCCUUAAACUAGCAGAUUUUGGCUUUGCGAGUUACAUGUCUCCGUGGGAUGAGCAGAGUGCUCUGAGGGGCUCUCCUCUCUACAUGGCCCCUGAGAUGGUGUGUCGAAGGCAGUAUGACUCCAGGGUUGACCUCUGGUCUGUGGGAGUCAUCUUGUAUGAGACACUAUUUGGCCGGGCACCAUUUGCCUCCAGAUCCUAUGCUGAACUGGAGGAGAAGAUCCGCAGUGACAAGCCCAUCGAGCUGCCUGCAGGGGCCAGAGUGUCCAGGAACUGCAGGGACUUACUGCUGCGGCUGCUGGACAGGGACCCUGACACCCGCCUCACCUUCACUCAGUUCUUCUCCCACCCUUGGGUGGACCUCGAGCACAUGCCCAACGCAGAGAGCCUGGGGAAAGCGAAGGAUCUGGUCCUGAAAGCUGUCCAGAAGGACCAGGAGGGGGAUAGAUCAGCUGCUCUGUCUCUGUACUGCAGCGCACUGGAGCACUUUGUCCCCGCCAUUCACUAUGAGACAGACAGACUGCGUAAAGAUGCCCUUAGGCAAAAGGUUAGUCAGUACGUGUCCAGGGCAGAGGAGCUGAAAGCUCUGGUGUCUGCAGACAACAGCCUCUGCUUUGAGCAGUUCAAGUCCACCAGAGACAUCCUGAGAGAGAUGUCCCGAGACCAACCACGGGUGCUGGCUGCUCUGAAGCUGGCAUCUACAGCCAUCGCCAUGGAGGAGAAUGGGAUAGAGGACUAUGAUACACUGGCUCUGUACCAGCAGAGUCUGGGAGAACUACUGCUAGCCCUGGCAGCUGAAGCCCAGGGGCGCCGGAGAGAGCUGCUCCAUGGUGAGAUAAAGAGCCUAAUGACCAGAGCUGAAUACCUCAAAGAACAGAUCAAGAUGCUGGAGACCCAAAAAGAUGUGUCAAUGGACAGAGAGCCUCUAUCAGAAUCUGUGAGAAGUUCAUGCUGUGUGCAGUGAGCCAGCCUGGCAGUAGGAACCAGAGAGAGGGGCCAUCGUGCCUGCGGAGCCCCAGACCCCUGCACCUCUACGGGUCAGGCUAAGGAAUCCCUCAGGCCUCUGAGACCAUGGCCUCAGUGGUCUCGCGUCACCCUACUCGUAAGUCUCAAUCAUCGCGCGGCUGUUUCCCAACAAACAUGAGAAUGCCUGGAAAUGGAGGCAAUGGCGUCAGAGACAAUCUACCCUGUUAUUACUCUGCCUGGACUUCAACUAGCAGCUUGUCAGCCUUGCAUCCCCCUCACCAACACAACACAGAAGACUGUCACAGUCUCCAGUCACUGCUCAGCCUCAAAGCCCUCCUGCCUAACCAUUCAUAUGGAAAGGCUGGACAGCUUGUAUGCUAAUACUGUACUGUUAUGAUAAACUAGUGCUGUAUCAUGUUGUUGUGUUAUGUUGCAGGAUGAAUAAGAGUAAUAAUGAGCCUCAAAUGCUUGUAGUUGCGCAAUAGAUGGCGACUCAGAAUGGCUACCCAGCAUAGCAAGUUUGUAGCAAGUUUGUAGUCUGUAACUGAGUUAUCGAAAUGUAUCAUUAAUAUUUGGGAAAGCUCUUCUGGCGUCUGUCGCCCCACAUACACACACACACACACACGCGCCUGCGCACACACACGAACAAACUAAAUCCAUUUUCUGUGGCCUGACCACAGUCUCACCACGCUCUCUCUGCUGAUGGAGCAGCCUCUACCACUAUGAGAAGAAAACUUGAGAGGUGCGGCUGCUGCCUUAUUUACUCUGUAGACUUUCAUUUACUUUUGGGUUGGCACCGGUCAGGAUGAAGGCAUACAGUAGCAACUGUGAAGUCAAGGCGUGCUUCACAACUCAGCCUGCUUUAGUAGCCUGCCAAAAGGUUGGACAUUUGGUGACAGGUUAACAGUUACUGCUGUUGUGGGUCUUUUUCCUUUCUGUUUGAUUUCAGUGAGCCAGGUUGUGUGUAUGAAUCUACUUUCAAGGGAACUUUCAGUAUUUGUGAAUAUACUGUACCAUAGGAGGCGAUCUGCUGUUUAAUCAGGAAAUGGAAUGGUGUAACUGAAAAGGAAGGGAUUGGAAAGAAAUGUCUGUUGAAUUGAGAACUGACAAUUGUGUAUUGUUUUUGUUGAAACAUUUUGUAUGGGUAUGAUUUUAUAAAUUAUUUAUUACCGUAAAAGGCUGAUUCAAUUGAAAUAAAAUUGCUAUGUAAUGUGUUGUCAUGGCCUGUAUUCAUAAAUUAAAGUGCCUUUGGAAAGUA